CUGAAAUGAAAGUAGUACGUAGAAAUAAAAAAUUAGUUAUAAUAAACUUCAAUAAAUAGAGGCGAUUUUCAGGUACAAAAACAGAGGCUGGGAAGGGCAUUGAUCCAGAGCUGUAGGUGGUCGAUCUGAAGCUUUCUCUCGGAAAUCAGCUAAGAUAAGGUAUGAUCGAUGCACACACCGAGACAAUUUUGGGAAGAAUCCAACCAAUUCUUCAUCUUUAAGGCCAACUUCAAAAAUUAAAAUAGAAAGUAAACUUUUUUUGCUUUGAUGUGGCUCCUUCAAUUAUGCAUAUCAGUCAGGUUAAGAGCUAUUCCUCUCAAACCAUUUCCCUAGAUGUGGAUGGUGUAGAUUGGUUGUGUAAAUCAUUUAGUUUGAUUAAAUCUGACGAUUCUUCAACCUUCGUUAGGAAUGAAGGAUAUCGUAAAAUUCACAUGUCAUUUGGAAAAAAUGAAUGUGGAGGUUUUAUUUGUUUGGUUGAUUUGAGGCAUGAGGGUAGAAAAAUUAUUAUUAUUCCUGAAGGAGAAAAAGGAGAUGGAUUCACACUGUUUUGCUCUACUAUAUUGGACCAGCCGGAUAUGUUGUGUCAAAUUUCAAAGGGCAAUAUAAGGAUAACUUUUGAGGACUCUGCAGCCAACUGUUCGAGUAUAGUGGAAAAUUGUUUUGAAGAAUUUGCAUCUAUAUCCUCCUUACUUUUCUAAGAGGAUUUGCUUAAUCUUGAGGGUAAUUCUUGCAACUCUUUGAGGGAGGUUGUUUUGGUGCCCGAGAGUAUAGUCACAAUGCCAGGGGAUAUUGAAGUUAAUAACGAGGGAUAUGAACUUGAAGACAUUCAAGAAGGAAAAGGGAAUAUGGAUAUUGUUUUGGUGGGAAUAGAGGAGAAAGAAGAUAACGUAGAAGAAGUCAUAGGGAAGAUUUCUGAAGGGGGCCCAAAGAUGGAAUUUGGUAAGAUAGAUGUUCGAUGAGGGAUAUUCAAGAAGUAACACUGAUAGAGUAUAUACACUCGGACCUCCGAGUCUCACAACUAUUGGGCUCGGACAGCGGCCCACACACGCUUAUCAGAUGUUAUUCAUAUUAUUGUGCAUUAUUAUUUAGAUGUUAUCAGUUCUUUUAUGUAACCGGGUCUGUCGGGCCCAUAUUAUAGGCCCAGACCCGGAUUUCCUUAUAUAUACUCCUUAAGGGAGCUCUUGUAAACCUAAGUCUCAAUUCAUUAUUCAUUCAUCUUCUCCACAUUUCUU